AUGGAGACAGCUGAGGCUAGAGCCAUAGACCCCGUGCUAGAGAGAUACUCGCCACCUACUGGGGUCUCACCACCCUACUGGGGUUCUCACCACCUACCGGGGUCCUCACCACCUACUGGGUUCCUCAUCACCUACUGGGGUCCCUCACCACCUACUGGGGUCCUCACACCUACUGGGUUCUCAUCACCUACCGGGGUCCUCACUACCUACUGGGUCUCACCACCUACUGGGGUCCUCACCACCUACUGGGGUCCUCACCACCUACUGGGUUCCUCAUCACCUACCGGGGUCCUCACCACCUACCGGGUCCUCACCACCUGGGGUCCUCACCACCUACUGGGGUCCUCACCACCUACAGGGGUCCUCACCACCUGGGGUCCUCACCCUACUGGGGUCCUCACCACCUACUGGGUUCUCACCACCUACUGGGUCCUCACCACCUACCGGGGUCCUCACCACCUACUGGGGUCUCAUCACCUACUGGGGUCUCACCACCUACCGGGGUCCUCACCACUGGGGUCCUCACCACCUACUGGGUUCCUCAUCACCUACCGGUCCUCACCACCUACUGGGGUCCUCACCACCCCUACUGGGGUCCUCACCACCUACUGGGGUCCUCACCACCUACCGGGGUCCUCACCACCUACCAGGGGUCCUCACCACCUACUGGGGUCCUCACCACCUACUGGGGUCUCACCACCUGGGGUCUCUACACCUACUGGGGUCCUCACCACCUACCAGGUCCCUCACCACCUACUGGGGUCCUCACCACCUGGGUUCCUCACCUACUGGGUUUCCUCACCACCUACUGGGUUCCUCACCUACUGGGGUCCUCACCACCUACUGGGGUCCUCACCACCAACUGGGGUCUCCAUCACCUACUGGGUUCCUCAUCACCUACUGGGUUCCUCAUCUCUGGGUUCCUCACACCUACUGGGGUCACCACCUACUGGGGUCCCUCACCACCUACAGGGUCCUCACCACCUACUGGGGUCCUCACCACCUACUGAGGUCCUCACCACCUACCGGGGUCCUCACCGCCUACUGGGUCUCUACCUGCUGGGGUCACCACCUACUGGGUUCUCAUCACCUGCUGGGGUCCUCACCACCUACAGUCUCACCACCUACUGGGUUCCUCACCACCUACUGGGGUCCUCACCACCUACUGGGGUCUCACCACCUACUGGGGUCCUCACCACCUACCGGGGUCCCUUACCACCUACCGGGGUCCUCACCACCUACUGGGGUCCUCACCACCUACCGGGGUCCUCACCACCUACUGGGUUCCUCAUCACUACUGGGUUCCUCAUCACCCCUCAGGGGUCUCACCUACUGGGUCCCUCUACCCACUGGGGUCCCUCACCACCUACUGGGGUCCUCACACCCUACCAGGGUCCUCCACCACCUACUGGGGUCCUCACCACCUACUGGGGUCCUCACCACCUACUGGGUCCCCUCACCACUUACUGGGGUCCCCACCUACCAGGGUCCCUCACCACCUACUGGGGUCCUCACCACUACUGGGGUCUCACCACCUACCAGGGUCUCACCACCUACCGGGGUCCUCACCACCUACUGGGUUCCUCACCUACUGGGGUCCUCACCACCUACUGGGGUCCUCACCACCUACUGGGGUCCUCUACCAGGUCCUCCCACCACCUACCGGGGUCCUCACCACCCUGGGGUCUCACCACCUACUGGGGUCCCUCACCACCUACAGGUCCUCACCACCUACUGGGGUCCUCACCACCUACAGGGGUCUUCACCACCUACCGGGGUCCUCACCACCUACCAGGAGACUUCAACACCUUAUAUGUGGAGUUUAAGGUAAGGGGCUUAGAGUUCCUGGUCUACUGA